AUGCUGGGAAUGAAUAAUGGGAAAAUGUCACAAAUAAGAAAAUGUGGCAGUGGUCAAAUUUCUUUUGAGCCUAAAACAUAUCCAACUGACCCUAGUUGUAAAAGAGGAUUAGUAAAAGUAAAAGUAAAUCCUCUGGAUGAGAAUAAGUGGAAACAUUUUUUAAUACAAAUAAAUAAUAAUAGUAAUAAUUUUGUGAUAACAAUUAUUCACAACAACGAAGUCUUCCUAGAAAUUUCAGAUUCUAGUCAUUGGUACAGCGUAAAAAAAAUGUUUAUACAUUCAAAGUUCGUUAGCGGCCUUUGGAAAAUACAUGACUAUGCCUUUCUAGAAAGUUUUAGCGUAUCAGGCUAUGAAGACAAACAAUUGGGCCCACCUAUUAAAAUUGAAAAAGACAUUUGCAUAUCGAUUUAUGUUAAGACAUCAAAUAAUGCCUUUUUGAAAAUAAAAAUUAAUUCUCGUGAUUAUGGAAAUGUAUUUGAAAAGGAUAUCUAUACAAACGGUACAUGGAAACAAAUUAAAUUAUACAAGAAAGUAGAUCCAAAAUUUCAUCAUGAAAAAGUGCUUUUGAAUUUCUUUAGAAACCUUAUAGCUACUGCAUCUAACAAGGAAGGUUAUUGGGCCAUUGAUGAUGUUAGACAAUGUCAUAAUGAAGAAUUUAGAUAUCUAAAAAAUUCAGAUGGAUAUGAAGAAUGUCAAUUAAUUUCGUUGAAAAGUCAGAAAACCAUAAAUCUACCGACAUCAUCCAGCAAAACUUCAAUAGAUGGUAUAGAUUGCGACGAAGAUAGGUUUGGUAAUGCAUGCAUUCCUUGUAAGAUAUUUGGAAAUGAAGUUUGUAGUAUGGGUUUCAAAUAUUGUGAAUGGAAUCAGAAAACAUGCUAUUGUUCCGCUGGUUCUAUGGGAAAAAAUUGUGAUUCAAAGUGUUCAGAAGGAUAUUAUGGUCACGGAUGUCGUCGUAGUGUAAGUCACUGUAAUUCAACAAUCAAUCCAGUAAGUGGCGAGUGUCCUCAAUGUAAAGAGCCUUACGCGGGGAAACAUUGUGAUAUAACGUUAAUGCCGUUUUUUAAAGAUAGACCAAUAGUGUUUGACGUCCAGUCAACAAGUGUUAAAAUUCAACAAGUUAACUUAGAUAUUGAAGGAAAUGGAAGUUAUUAUUACUUUGAGUAUUCAAAAAACGAAUAUCCUCUUAAUUGGAAACAAUACGAUGGCCCAUUUAUACCACUAUCCACUUCGUCAAGUGUUACCAUCAAGGAUUUAGAACCUGAUACUAAUUAUAUUGCUCGGGCUAUUGUUAAUAACAAUAAAAGAGAAUAUCCAUCAAAAAAAUAUAGUGAAAAAUGUUUACAAUUUUAUACAACCUGUAGACAAAUUAAACAAGAUGAUAUUGUGAUUACACCCUCAAACACGACUGCUACAAUUCAGUUACAAUUAUCAUCGGAUGGUUGCCGCUUGAGUAACUAUUGCUUUUAUAUUAAUGGUGAAAAGUGUUAUAAACCUUUUUCAAAUGGAUAUUUUCAUCACUAUGAACCUAAUGCUGAAUAUACAAUUGGCUUUAACUAUUCUACAAGAGCUGUAGAUGGAAUUAUUCGUCACUUAAAACCUAAUACUGAGUAUACAAUUGGUUUUAACUAUUCUACAGGAGCUGCAGUUAGCAAAAAUUUUAAAACUACAAAUGGUGUACCAUCUGAAGUUCAGCAUAUUCAGAUUAUUAAGAGCUUUGAUUCCAUUAAGCUAAGCUGGGAGGAACCUAUUGAAACAAAUGGUGAAAUUGUUGGUUACGAAAUCAGUUACAGAUCAAAAAAUCAAGCUUGUUACCAUGGAGGAUAUGGUACGAUUUUAAGCCAGAAUUCAUCAGAGAGGCAAAUUACAUUAGAUAAUCUAAUGCCUUAUAAUACAUAUGAAAUUAGUAUAAAAGCAAUGAACAAUGAUUUUAAGGGAACAUUUCAGCCUAUAUUUGUAAAUACCGAGCCAGCCACAGAACUAUCUGAAAAUGAAAAAAUGGAAAUACAAAUUAUUUAUCCAAGAAAAACACAAGUCACAUUCGACAUAAAGCCAAUACCUUGCAAUGAUUUUACAGGACCUAUUAAAAUGAAAAUUAUCUUAUUGUGUAUUUCGCAAUGGUGUAAUAAAAGGAACAUUACUUCGCAGAUCUUUGAUUAUACGGAAAAUGGUUUAUCCCAACAAUUUCAUCAGUUACAACCAUAUACCAAUUACACACUAAUGAUGUCUACUUCAAGAAAUCAGAAUAAAUGGAUAUUUGACGAAUCAGUAAAUUUUCAAACAAAUAUAGAUGUUCCAAAUUCCGUAUCCUCAUUUAGUGUUUAUACCAGAGGCGAAGAUUCCAUCUCCUUACGUUGGAUGCCACCUUAUCCACCAACUGGAAUUUUAAAAGAAUAUAAUAUUUUUUAUACUUACUACUCAAGGUGGCGUGGAACCUAUGGUCCUUUUGAGAAAAUCAUAGCUCUAUCAGAAACACAAUGUAAAUUAUGGAAUGAGUUUCAUUGUGCAUCAAUAACAGAAGAAAUUUUUGAUGGUUAUGUUUAUACUAUAACGAUUUCUGCAAAAAAUGUAGUUCCCGAAGAAUAUGGUGCUGGAAUUUCUAUUCGUUUUAACACACAGGAAAAAAAAGUAUCAGAACCGCCUUAUGGUUUAAGUUACAUGUGGACAGAAAACAACGAAUUUUGUAUUUAUUGGUUCCAUCCGAAUAACACAAAUGGAUUACUAAGAAGUUUUGAAAUAUUUAACAAUGAACACACUUUUAAAAAAAAAUAUUCAAUUAAAUCAGAGAAUGAAUAUGAACUUCAGUACAAAGGCCAGUAUAAGAUUGAAACAUGGUUUAUGCCUUGUGACACAUGGGACUUAUAUAUCAUAGCUCAUAACGUAGACACAGCGAGUAACUCGGCAUUCAUGACGAUAAAAAAUCCGCCGAAUUUACCUCCGAAUAAUUUUAAAACUUCUAAAUUUACGUCUACUAAUGAUACAAUUUCUCUAGACAUAAUAUUUCCAGAUCCAGUUAAUUUUAUCCUAAUACUCGUGUCCAAAUCUGACAAAAUGGAUGAUUUACAAUUCUUUGAAGAUGGCUUGCGAAAUAAUGAAGUUAGACUAAAUAAUUUGAAUUUCUCAAAAAUUGUUUACCAAGACAGCGGAUUAUAUUCUGUUAUAUUUGAAAUUGGCAAUGAGAAUAGUACUUCCCAAAAUUGGACAAACCCGCCAUUGUCCUCCGCUACCAACUACAGCAUAGAUGUGUUUCUUAUUAAUACUUGUAAUACGAUGACAAGAGUGAAGCGACUGCAAAAAUUUAUUAUUACCAAAGGUGAUCCCAAUUUAAUAAAUGAUAGCGAGAUAUUAAAUAAUGGAGAGAAACAGAAUGACGGAGAAAACAUAGACAAUGGAGGUUUAUGGGCUUUGGUACUAUUAGUACUAAUUAUUCCAUUGGUCUUAUAUGGAAUUUGGUAUGUCAAGAAGAAUAAUAUAAAAUUAAAUGAAGUUAUACCAGGUAGAAACCAGAAAGCUGAUGAAUUACCUUUAACAGAAAAGAGGACUAUGGCAUCUCCAAAAAUUCAUGUAGUAAAACCCAAAGCAACUAUAGUAUUGCCGGCUCUUCAAACCAAACAUUCCAAAAAAGUUCCGAUAAUUGAUUUUGAAAAUUACGUUAAAGAGUCAAUAGAAAAUGGCGAGCUGGAAAAACAACAUAAUCUAUUUCCUAAAGGAUUGCUGAAGCCACACAACAUUGGUUCCUUACCAGAAAAUAAAAACAAAAAUCGCUACAAAAAUCUUAUAGCAUAUGAUCAUACAAGAGUGAAAAUAAAAUACAAUUCCACAGAUGAUAACAAUGUUGGUUACAUAAAUGCGAACUAUAUAGAGGGUUACCGAAAACCAAGGGCAUACAUAGCUACACAAGGACCGAAAAGCAAUACUCUAAACGAUUUUUGGUGGAUGAUUUGGCGAGAAAAUAUUAAAGACAUUAUAAUGUUGGCAAAUAUUCAUGAAAAUGGAAAGAAAAAAGUUGAUAAAUAUUGGCCCGAUAUAAACGAAGAAAAAACAUAUGGUUUAGUUAAAAUCCAGUAUGUGUCAGAAACCGUCUUCGCUAAUUUCGUUCUGAGAAUUUUUAAUGUUCAGUUUGAAACUCACGAAAGACAGGUUACUCAAAUGCAUUACACAACCUGGCCAGAUCAUGGAGUACCAUUAUAUUCACAAAGUUUGGUGCCGUUUUUGCAAAGAUUAUUAAAAAUACCACAUAAUUCACUAACUCCGAUAUUAGUACAUUGCAGUGCAGGAGUAGGAAGAACUGGAACAAUAAUUUUAAGCGAUAUUUGCUUACGUAUGGCCGCAGGUGAAGGAUACUUAGAUUUUCUAGCUCAUCUCGAAAAUCUUCGGAAUCAAAGAGCUAAUCUUGUUGACAAUAUCGAACAGUAUAAAUUAGCCCAUCUGGUUGUUCUUGAGUGCCUUUUCGGCAUGCGAACUUCAAUACCUUGCACAGAUGAAAUGCACAGCAUUGUUACGGCAACGCUCAAUAGCAACGGCAUUAGCACUCAAAUGAAGUAUAUACUGGAUACUCAAUGGCAAGAUACGGCCAUGGAAACAAUGUUAGAAAGUGAUGAAGUAGCUCCGAUCUACAAUGAAAAGAAUAGAUUCAAGGAUAUAGUCCCAGAAAAUUACCGUGUAUAUAUUACUAGAUAUCCUCACGAAGAUGAAAAAUCGUCAUAUAUCAAUGCUGUUUUCGUAGAUGAUUUUCGCAACCCUGGUAGGUACAUAGUUACUCAGCAACCAAUGCCAAAUACUUUGGGAGACUUCUGGAGACUUGUGUUAGAGAGUUCAUCUAGUGUUAUAAUUUCCCUUAAUACGAUAAACUUAGAAGAUCAGACGGUGUGUCAAAUAUGGCCGGAUAAAGGUGAAGAAAUGAAUCCUGUAGACUUCAUUAAAUUGAUUCACAAGAGAACCCAAAGAUCAAACUUCUACAAAAUUAUAACCGUACAAAUGGAAAUCAAACAAGCUAAAGUACGA